AAGAAGACAUAAAGCAGCCUUCAGUACACAUCGUGAGAACCUGUGUUUCUAACGUAACGCAAGAUAGCAAGCAUACUGAAUGCAGAUUGCAGCUGGCUGCUUUAGAAACGCGCUAAGCGCGCUGUUCUUCGAUACUUAUUUUGGAACUUCAAGACCUAUUGGCAAGACGUUAUUGUGUUGUGAUUGUCUGCAAGCUUUUAGCAGUUUGAAUUACGUGAACAAUACACAGAAACAAAGAAAAGCGGUUGAUUCGAAAUAUUCAAAGCUUAUACCAAAGCGAAGGAAAACUAACAUUUUCUAAAUAUUUAAAGCUCUUUGAUGUGUUUCGUGUAUAAUAUGUGACACUUAGAACAAGAAGAGUUUUUGAAUAGUUUUCACAACACAAACUUCAAGCAGGGAAAUAACGUGUAUUUAUCCAUUUGUAAAAAAGCUCUUGAAAGAACAACAACGAUAAUAAUGGAGUCUAACCGCUCGAAUGUGAAUCAAAGCACGAUCGUUCAGCCUGAUUAUUCUGGAACGUAUGUUGCCAUCUCAGUGGUAUGUCUGCUGAUGGCGGCCGUCAUAAUCUCCCUCAACGGUCUGGUCAUCUUCAUCAUAGCUCGACAGAAAGACAACAACAGGCUUCACUUCUUCAUAUUACAUAUUGCAAUUGCAGACCUUUGUGUUGGCAUAGUAUGCGUAUUUUGCGAGGGGAUAUUCUACGGUAUUCUGCGAAAUGAGUGGUACUUAGGUGACGUCAUGUGUCGCAUUUGGCACUAUUCUACGUUUGUGGUCCUAAUUGUGUCUAACAACCUUCUCAUCGGAAUGAGCGUGGACCGAUACUUGGCUGUACGGUCUCCGUUGAUGGCAAUGACCGGAGGGUACCGGCCAUACAAAGCCAUAAUUAUCGGCUCAUGGAUAAUUGCCCUUCUAAUUCCUGUAUGGACUUUCCCGUACAUUGGCAUAGCCGUUGAUGGUGCUUCAUACUACUGUUCCGUUGAUUUCGAGACCGACAUUGGGUGGCAGCUAUAUGUCUGGAUCACACUGCUUCUUGUGUUCUUCAUCCCAUUCAUAGCUGUCUCCGUUUGUUAUGUCGGCAUCUCGGUUGUCGUAUGGAAUCAUUGGCGGAAAAGAGGAAAUCUCACGGAAAUCACUGAAAUGAACACUACGCUAAAUGAAUCAACUUUCCCGUCACGUCACAAAUCCAUGAACGAGGGUUUACUACCAAAAGCCAGAAUAACAACAAUAAAGAUGACUUUGAUAAUAUGCCUUACGUUCUUCAUUUGCUGGCUGCCGGCUACAGUGUUCAGCACUAUGGACUUAUACGGCAUAAAUGAGCUUGACCGUCGCUACUAUAUGGUCCUGCAGCGCUUAUAUCCACUCAACAGUGCGUGCAAUCCAAUUAUAUUCUUGUUGUUCAGCAAGCAAUUGUUGCCAUGCGGGUCGCCAAAGUCUUCGAAAGCGACAAGAUGUUGUGAAAGUAUCGAAACCACGAAAACCACAUUAUGAAUAAUGAUAUCGUUACAAAACUGGUACGGCACUUUGCGUAAAAGCGCAGACUUGAACAACACGACGGCGUUACUGACAUAAGUGAAAUUAAAAUAACUGCGUCGAAAACAACGUAAUUACUCAAAAGUAUAUUUUGAUAAUAAACCAGUAAAAUGGAGCACAAAGGAGCAGCAAAACUAUGUUCAGUCGACGCUAAAUUGUUUAAUCGAACGUCAAGGGGCCAUAAUGAAUCAUAAGAGUCGACUGUAAGGUAAUUAAAGCUUAACAUUUUUAGGCCAUAUAUCUUAAUUCACAGGGACGUAGUCUAUUUUAAUAUACGAAGGUAUAUUACGGAAACCCUGUUAAGUUAUAACCAAAGCCUUGAUUAUGUAACCAUUUUUUUUUUCAAACGGUAUGCGUAUUUAUUAAAAAGAUAUUUUAAAGUUGGUAACAGACACGAACAAGCUAUCUGUUAUGUUAGUGUAUGUGUUCAGUGACUGUGUAAUAGUUUUUGCACAUAUUUGUGAGUAACGUUAAUCAAUAAAACCAAAUAGCAAAGUUAUUGUACCCUGCAAUAAUCAGAAACAUUGCUUCCAUGUCGGUGUGCGUAAGGAUGAAUCUAAUAAACAUAAUAACAACAAAUAUAGUGUUUCAUUAAACAACAAAAUAUACGCAUCAUGCGAAUGCCACGUGGUACAUUACUUACCAACAGUAACUUAAAUGAUGAUUCACUAAUACAAGCUGUGUAUUGGUGUACACUACUUUAUGGCAUUUAUUGGUUAAUUGAUUUUGUGAGUGUUAAGACGUUGAUAAAUAAAUGUUUGAGUUCAAGGUAACGCAAACCUGUCGGUGGGAGCGAUGUUGGAAAUGUCAGUUGUAUUUCACUGACGCUUCUAUGACACGGGUCGUUUACGGAUAUCAUCGUGACACUGUCUGCUGACUGCUGCAGUUAUUUUAUCCCUGAACUCAGAUGAUCUUCACCAUUGCUCGAAAGAAAGCCACUAACAUUAUUCAACUUUUUAAUACCGUCUUGCAAUUGCUUGUAAACAUCAUUAACAUGCACAUGUAUAUAUUUAAUUGCAAGAUCCUCAAAUAUUGAAUAAAAGUAUGUUUCCCGCA